AUGUUUUCAGUUUAUGGAGUUGAGAUGAACAAGAAUAUAUAUGUGAUAGUGACUGUGUUAUGGGACAGUUUUUGUGAUCUUCCUUCAAUACAGUCAAAUGAUGACUUCGCUGCUUGGUUGUCGAAAGUCAUUGAAGGGAGAAACGAUGAAGCGAUUCGUGCAUGCAUGGCACUGUGUUGGUCUAUUUGGAAAAGUCGUAAUGAUUUGUUGUGGAACACUAAGCCUUGGACACCCAGUGAGGUGGUACGACGGGCGGUUCUUUUGGCGGAAGAGUGGAAUACACUAUUUGCAGCUCCAGGUAAUUUGCUUAUCAAUGGUUCAGAACAUGCAAUCGAUCCUGGUAUUAAUGAUGGAGUAAUUAUUCAUGUUGAUGCUGCUGUUUUUUCUGAUAGAGAGGAGGGGUAUGUGUCUGCUGUGGUGCAUGGGAGUGAUGGAGGGUAUUUGGCGGCUCGCAAUUGUUCAGUGAGGAGUCUUCGGAAUCCUAUUCUUGCGGAGGCGAUGGCUGUUAAAGAGGCACUCUCUUGGGCGAAGGAUCGUGGUUGGCAUAAAGUUGUGUUGUAUUCCGAUUGCCAGCUGGUUUGCAACCUUUUGAAGAGCUCCUUGCCGAAUAAUUCUUAUGUUGGUUGCAUUGUUCGUGAUUGUGUUUCUUUGAAACGCUACUUUGUUGAUGUAUCGUUUCAUUAUAUUGCUAGAUCAGCGAAUACGCUAGCUCAUGUGUUAGCAAGAGCUACGGCUUCUCAGUCUGGUCCUGGUGUUUGGUUUUCUUCUUUCCCUAACUGUAUUCAACAUUUGCUUUUGGUUAAUUAA